AUGUGGGGCACCAUCGUGCGGGGUGCGGGGCGUGCAAGUCGUUGGAGCCUUGGCCAUCAGAGUCGAGGCAUGACCCAGGGUGAUGGGACGGCCGCCGCUACACCCGUACCCUUGGCGGUGCUGAAGUACUUUUUCGUGGAGAACAUGGCAGAGAAGCGAGUACCCCACCGCUCGGCCCACCUGCAGCUGGCGCGUGAUGCGGCGCGACGCGGGAGCCUGCUAUUGGGAGGGGCGGCAGCCAAUCCCGUCGACGCGGGCUUUCUCAUCUUUCGUAGCCCUCAAGAAGCUCGAGAGUUUGCCGAGCAGGACCCCUACGUUCGUGGAGAGCUGGUGCGCAAGUAUGAGAUCCGCGAGUGGUCUGUGGUCGUUGGUUCCCUCUACGACCAGUUGUCUUCUGAUUAA